AAUGAGCGUGUGCGAUAAGGGAGAUUGGCGUCGCUGGGAUCAAGUUCGGAGGAGGACGUGCAGAAGGGUCCGUCGACCGCUGGAGCAAGCCCCCCUCGCGUGCCCCUCCGCUCUCCUUCCAAGCCUGCUCAGGGGCCUUUCGCGAAGUGCAUCGGAGGAAGGCAUGGUUCUGCUGGACAUGCAUUUGUUGGACUAUCCGAGCAUCUUGGAUCGCGUGGUAAACAGCAUGCUGCUUAACGACCAGGUCAGGAAGCAGGACGUGGAGCCACUGAUACACACCCUGCUGCUGAAACACAAGUGGGCAGGUGAUAAUAAGUUUUUGCCCAAAAAUAUCUCUUUCAAAAAUCUUGCUGCGAUCGACCUUAGAAAGGUGAGUGUGGUUUCGCUUCUGGACAAACGCAAACCGGACAGCAGCCGAUCUUCCAGGAAGAUCACCAACGUGCCUCUCUACCGUGACGUGGAGCAGGGAGACAAGGUGUCGGUGACGGGAACCAACCAGUUUCCUGAACAGCCAGCGCCCAGCAAGCAGACAUCGGAGUUGUUGAAACGGAUACCAGAGGGCGCCGAGGGAGCGGCGAUACUCGUCGGCACGGUCAGCUACCUGGUGAAGCCGACCACAGUGUUCGUGCGGCUAGCGCAAGGUACCUCGAUGCCCGCACUGUUGGAGAUUGACAUUCCCGUGAGGUUCCUUUUCAUCUUGCUCGGCCCGGCGACCGACGGACUUGACUAUCACCAGAUCGGACGCUCCAUCGGGGCACUCAUGGUCAACCAGACGUUCCAGGGGGUCGCCUACACGGCAGACGGCGGGCAAGACCUGAAGGUCGCCAUCAACAAUUUUCUCGACACGAGCGUGGUGCUGCCACCUGGCCACUGGGACAAGAAGACGCUGGUGGGAAUUGCCGAGAUGCAGAGGGAGGAGAUGGAGAAACAGGCUGUGCGAAAGGCGAAACGCCAACGCCACGCAGCAGAGAAGGAAGACAAGCAGCAGGAGCCCGUCGACCCGCUGAGUCGGACCGGUCGCCUGUUCGGCGGCAUGAUAAACGACAUGCGGCAUCGUUACCCGCAGUACAAGAGCGACGUGGUGGAUGCAAUUAACGCGCAGUGUAUCGCCACGACCAUCUUCAUCUUCUUCGCCUGCCUCUCACCGGCGAUCACGUUCGGUACCAUCCUCGGUGAGGAGACUGAACAGUGGAUGGGAGUCACAGAGUUUCUGGCCGUGUUCUGUCAGUCGCAGGACGUGGAGUUUCUCGUGUUUCGUUGGUGGGUCGGGUCGUGGAUCCUGCUCUUCACACUGAUCGUCGUCGCGCUGGACGGUAGCGCCCUCGUGCGGUACUUUACGCGAUUCACCGAGGAGAUAUUCGCCACCCUCAUCUCAUUCAUCUUCAUCUUCAGCUGCUUCAAGAAGCUGUACUAUAUGUACAAGUACCACCCACUGCUGUCACUCGACGACUACUGUCUCACGCUGAACGACUCGGAUCCGUACGACAACGAGACGGCCGCAAACUCGAGCAGUUACUAUGCCGACCCGAUCAACCAGCCGAACACGGCGCUCAUCGGAACGAUCCUGAUGCUCGGAACGUUCCUGCUCGCCUACUGCCUCAAGCUGUUCCGCAACUCACAGUUCCUCGGUCGCAGCGCUCGCCGCGCCCUCGGCGACUUUGGAGUGCCGAUAGCGAUCGCCAUGAUGACGCUGAUCGACAUCGUGCUGCUACACGACACCUACACGGAGCUCGAUAAAGAAGAUGCAGACGCGAAAGACAAUGACGAUGAAGAACCUGAUUUCUACGAACAGACACACAUGCCGAUAUAG